GAUCGUUCGUAGCCUCGAGGACGCGUCGUCGGCUGAUCGAACUGGCUGAUCGCGUUACCAACCUCGAUUCAUUUACUCGUUUUGUUUAAUUUAAUCAGAGAAGAAGAGGAGGAGAAGGAAGAAUGAGAAGACAAAAAUUGCCACGUUCUGUGUACAGAACGCGUGUACAAAGCGCGGAAAUAAUAUAAAUCCCCGACUCGGUGACGAUGAAUCGGCGUUAUCGUUUUUUACUUCACUAGCGGUUAUAUACGUCAUGGAUUUCCCUAUCGCGACUUCCUUAUCUUUAUCGAGCUACACGGCAGAUUCCUCUAUUCCUGCAUUUUUGCCGUUGAUCGAUGACGUCGCCAACUAAGCCAGGUUAUAGGGAACGACUAGAAGUAGCGGGGAGUGGAGUGGCAAAAUUUUACGGUUCAUCGUUGAGAAACUUUGUCACGAUUCGACGUCCUUCUUCGACGGGAUGGUCUCUCGUUCUAUUCCACCGUUCCACUCUCGUGCUUCUCUUCCCUCGCUCUUUCGACUCGGCGCGCGCUAACUUGGUAUUACGUAAGUGACAGAGAACGCUGCUACCAAAGAGCCUUGGUUUCCUUUUAAAAAUGGCCGUCCACUGGUCCGAGAAACAUCAUCUCGUGUCGAAAACAUCGGUCGUUCUGCGUCGCAGCGGUGGAGUACACGCGUGCUCUGUUUGCGGAUCAAGCGUCUCGACCGCGAUCUCGAUUUCCGCGAAAUUAUCGCCGGUCCACUGGACCGCACGGAUCGUCCGUGCGAUUGCUGAUAAACGUUUAGUACGUUUAGAGAUUCGUCGGUGUUGGAUUUCGAUCGUUUGCAAAUUGAUAAUCACGCGACGGAGUAAAAAGCGCCCUAAUGAACCGAAAGAGAACAUAACGCGUAGAAAAUGAUGUACGAGACGCUUAAAAUUUUGCGAAGCCUGUAUACACGAAAGUGAUUUUAAAGAUCGAAUAAAGUUUUUGGUACUUCGAAACUUAGAAUAUUUGGAGGAAGAUGUCGUUGGCAAUUGGUUUAUCGCAUCUAUAGUAGAGCUUAUCUUGCGCGGCAACUACAUGUCGGGAAAUCGAAAUAUAUUUUUUGACGUAUUGUAUAUUCGUUAAAAAAUAUUCGAAUAAACAAAGUCGUAAAAUUUCCUAUUCCUGUUCGAUGGCAAUUUUUCGCAAAGAUAAAACUGUAUCUUUCUACGAUAUUUUUGUCCCUUGUCGUAUAUUCUUUUAAUUCGUGCAAAAACAUCCAUUUGAUUCUCUCAUCGAUCGAGUAGUAUUUCUUAUCAACGAUUAGCACUACUUUCCGUAGAUAAAUGGCUCUAUCUACCAUUCCGAGAUUGAAGUUUAUCAUUUUGUUUGAUUUUUUCGUUUCAUUCAAAAACCUCCAUUCGUAGUAUAGAAGAUGGGCACGUAAUCGCAAAGGUGAAAAAUUUCAGCAAGCCACAAACGUGUCUUGAACAAUGAACAAAUGCUAGAUCUCAGCUAACGAUAAAGAGAAAAUGUAUCUGUUGCUCUUUUGUCACGCCGCUUUCAUCAGUUUGGUUAAAAAGAGUAUUUCUCCUCGUAAUGCUUUCAUUCUUACCACGUAUCUUCGUAUUUCGACGAUCAGCGACGAUGAUUUGUACGGUGAUUAAUCAGCCGUUAAUAAUCGUCCAUAGUUGCAUAAAUAUCGAAUAUAUUGCGAAGGUUUGCCCAUUAUAUUCUUUAUCAACGCCCAUUGCGUACACAAUGCAACGAUAGAGGUAUUAUCGGUAGAUAUGUAUAUUGGAUUCGUACAUUCAGGACAACUCGGCGUAGUUGUCAGACGAAUGAAUAGAUAAUAUUUCGUGUCCCGAAAUCGCACACACAGAAGGAGAAACUUUGAUACGACGCUACGGUAGAACGUCGUUAUCGAAUAGCAAUGUUCUAGAAUUUCAUAGAAACUGGGUUUUCAAGACCGCAGCGUUUGUCGCCCGAUUCCUCCUCGGCUGUUCAAAAUAACCGCGAAGCGAAAAAAACACAUAAAGGAAGUCGGAAUGUAGCGACAUAUUUCGCGGCGAGAUUAGAGGCGCGAUAAUUUCUGAUAGCAGACUUAAUCAACGAUAACGACGAUAAAAUAUUGGAAUAUCGACGUUUCGAGAUGGUAAUUUCUUAUUCCGAGAAAUGCGAAUAGUAAGCGUGUAAUAUCGGAUAUUUUCGUUGCUCCGUUACCUUUCCGACACUUAAUUUUUUAUAUUAAUCGAUUAUUACUUAAGCUACACCGCAAAGUAUAUUAUGCAAAUUAUCAGGUUCACACGUGUUAACCAGCGCGGCUAUACCCAAUCGGCACUUUAGAAUCAUAAUCUACAUUUCAAAUGCUUAUAUAUGUAUCGUUCGUCUUGAAGGUCGAUCCAAGAUUAGUAAUCUUUUAUCGUAACUGCUUAACCGUUCAGAAUUGCGUUAAUUGUUAAGCUAUUUACUUCAACGUUUAACGUAAGUACUGUACACGUGCAACGAGCUUGUUUCUUUUUGUCAUCGAAGUUGGUAAAAAUUCCAUGAAACUGCGAAACAUUCUCUUAAGUGAUCGAUACAGGCGUUCGAUGAAAUAACUUUAUUUAAAAUAUUUCCAAUUGCGAUGGACAUUCUUUGCUGUCAAUUACUAUUUUAUUAUCGCUCGAGAAUGACAAUCUCUAUCCCAACGAUACAGAGCGGAUAUUUUCUCGCAUCUUUGUUUAACGGACGAUGCUAUUGAGCGACCAUUAUGUAAUGGUUAUCGACAAUGGUUAAGACGUAGCUUCUCUGUCCGGCGACUUCAGCUUUCCGAGCGCCUGGACUUGACAUUACCGUCAGUUCUGUUCAAUGCCAGGAACGAAAGAAAAUUCGAGGCGAAGAUGAGCCCCGACCGUUCUUGAACUUUGACCGAGUUACGUGCUAUUAAUCGGCCGACUGUCCGCUCGUCCGGACUAAUUUCCAAACUUUUUUUACUCGUCGACCACCGUUUUGCCAGAAUUUUCGCAAUACCAGACUUGUCUCACGAGUGAAUAACGAAGGGUAAAACAAUGGAUGACUUUUUCAGAAAGCGGCCGUGGACCGGGACCGGCUUCGGGAGCGGGAACGACAAGCCCGCGCGGCGAUGUCGGUCCAGGCCGAACAAGCGGCUGCAGGAGGUGGUCCUGACACCAGACACCAUCACCAUGGCCACCACAACCACGCUCACCAUCAUGCUAAUCCACACGCUGUCGCCGCUCCGCUCUUCCGUGCUCCUGUCAGGGUGAGUCCAGACGCUCGAGACAGUACGACGCAGCAAAUUCAAUCGAAACUAGGCAACUAUUCUCUGGUGAAGCAUCUUCUGGACGAGCCGAAACGGCUGAUCGGCAUCGAGGGUGUACCGCCGAGCCCUGCUCCGCCUCCGGCCGCGUGCAUUCGACUGAGUUCCAGUUCGGUUGGUGCAAAUUCCAGGAGCUCGCCCUCCUCCCAGGAAUUCAAGAAACCCGGAGGACCGAGAACCGAUGCUGGUGGUUCGUCCUCGUCGACUUCGUCGUCGUCCUCGUCGACCAGUCAUCAACGCGGCGGUUUCGUGAAACCGGCCGAUGGAAAGCCGCCGUAUGGAGGCCGGGGUAGUUACCCCGGUCAGCCGGUGAAGCACGGGGGCAACAGCAACGAUCAUCGGAGCCACGGUUUAUUACCCGCCAAAGGGCCGCCCACGAAUUCACCCGGGAACGGUACGCUCUUUGGCAAUUCGAAUAUCGGGAAUUCCAGCGGCAGCAGGCUUCACUCUGUCGGCAGCAGACUGUCCAGGUUACCUCUCGAUAACGGAACAAGUUCGAGGCCUAGUCCAGCCGAGAGUACCACGGAUGUAGAGAAUAUUUUAAAGGAAAUGAGCAUGCCGCCCACGCCUCUGUCGGCUAUCGCCCAGACGCCGAGAAAGGAGCCGGAGUCGAAGUUCACGUUCAAUCCUGUGCUAGUAAAGUUGACCGAGGUGACGCCGCAGGAAGCCACGAAGCCUCAGCGCGAGAGACACACCGCCAACAGGCUAUCGGCGGAUUUGGAGCGGGACUUGAGUUUAUCCGAGGACAGCGAUGAUGAGGCAAGCAAGGAAACGUCAUCGCGAACGACAAGGGGAAACAGAAGCCCAGACCUCACGGUCGAUUUAUCAACACCCCUAAUACCAGCGAUGACGCCGGCCCCGCCACCCCUGGCACCCAUGUCACCCAUGGGUCCGUCACCGGUGGGUCCUCUGUCACCCACGAGGCAACUGAGUCCAAUCAGACCUCCGUCACCGCCGAAACAACUGACUCCUGAACAAGUGCUCUCACCUCCACCGGUGAGCCCUUUGCAAUCGAAAGGUACUCCAAGCCCAACGACGCAUCAAAGGCCACCCAGUCCUGCCGUUCAGGCCCCACAGAGUUCCGGCAGCGCCAGUUCAAGCUCUGAUUCCGGCUCUGAUUCCGGAUCUGACAGCAGCGACGAUUCUGAGGAUGAAGCCGGCACCCAGCCCACCAAAGGUCCUUCCACUCCUCCAUCGGUAUCACCAAAGAACGAAAAUUUGAUCGAAGAACCGCCGCCUGCGAUCGAGGAAUCGAAACCGAGAUGGAACCUCAGUUCGUUCUUCAAUAAGACCAACAUGUCUCACGGGGAACAGAAUUCGGAAAACAAGCAAGCUCAGGAUUGCAAUAGGCGAGAAGAUUCUCCGGCGGCAACGACGGACGCUAGAACGCACAGGGAAAAGGCAGCUCAUGAUUGGCAGCUCGACGAGGCACUGAAGAGCACUCGUAACGCCACAAUGAUCAGUGUGCUGGACAGUGACAGUGAUCGUCCCUCGGAUCAAGAGAAAAGUCAGCCACCGGAGGAAAAUCGGGUCCAGCCAGAGAAAUCAAAGGUGGCGGACACCAGGAAACCAGGUCGACCUCCGGGUCGUCCCAGAAAGCUUACCAACAAGAAUACAAAAGGUGGUCAUCGGACGCCAGAAGAUAAUCUGAAAAAUGGUAAACCUCGCAGCAGAACGAGAGGAGUGAGUAGCCCCAAGAAGAAGGCGCCUCUUUCGAAAGCCACCAUAACGACCAGCGAUGAUGGAAGCGAUGAUAGGUCACAAGGAGCUUCUAGCGACUCGGAUAGCGAUCGACCGACCAGGGUGUCACCCGUAGUAGUCCCUAUAAACGAAAAGAGAAGAUCCAAGUUGAGUGCAUCUUCUAGCGAAGACGAACGCCCGCCAAAUAGAAAAAACAACAGUGCCUCCGAUGAUGAUAAUACACGCUGGAGAAGAAGGCCUAUCAAAAGGAGCAAACUGGCAGAUUCCCCAAAGAAGCAAGAGAAAAGGAAGAGUCCCGCGAAGGGGAAACCUAGAAGGUCCAACUCACGGGUGACCAAUGUCGUUGGCGGGUCUGAUUCUGACAGCGAGUCUGAGUUGUCUGUGAGAAAUCGUAUUCAGGUUGCCAGAGUACCCCCAAGGCCAAGGGCACCACCGACUAGAGCUACUUCUCCAGAAAAUUCAGACAGCGAUAACAGCCCAGGUCCGAAGUUACAGGAAGAGGACGCGGGUAACGUACAGGACAAGAAGAAGAGCGACACUCUUCGGAAAGUAUUUUCAUCCUCUAUGGGAGGAGGAAAGGUCGGAGGUAAAGGAGGAAAAGGCGGUAAAGGCGGAGGAAAAUGUGGUAUCUACGUGGAGGAAUACACCUCUGCGAAUACACCGACAGGAGGAGACAGUCCGUACAAGAGACCGUCGUCACAGGCAUCCAGCUUGAUUCAGUCUUUCCCACCGCUCACCUACGUGAAUGGUGUGCCAAGUUUGCUCUGCAGGAUCGACCUGAGCAAACUUCCGCAUAUAUCGCAGUUGUCGAGGGGUCAAGAGUUGAGACAACGCACGGAACUUCCGGACACGAGGCCGUCGUCGAGACAAGCCUCGACGCUGACUUUACAACCCCCUCGACCGCCUACGCCGGAGGAAGGGGAGAUUAUCGAUACGCCACCGCCUCAACAACUAGCCUCCGACACGAGGAUUCACGGUGACGCAUUGUUGGUCGACGGUGACCUUAAGAAUCGCGCUGUGAUCAAGGGCGAACUUAUAUCGGACACGAAGAGUAAUUGCGGCAUCGGUCUCGGGGCUGGUGUCGUCUGUGCAGGUGCUAGUGGAUGUGGUAGUGGUGCGGGUAGCCUGCCCAAGAGGAAACGUAGUCCGAGUUGUAGUUCAGUGUCCAGUUUCGGUACUGUGUGUUCCGCGGAGACUAAAACGAAAGAAUCGGGAGAACACAAAGAGCGAAGGAAGAGAAAGAGGAAACAUUCUGAUGGCGGAUCAGUAACACCUAGACCAUCAUCAAGUCAGCAAAGUGAAAUACAACCAACGAACCACGAACGGGAAGAGAAACUUGACGCCAGUUUAUUACCGCCACCACCUCCGCCUCAGCGAGUGUAUUAUUCCUACUUUAAUCCUCAGAAUGAAGUUUUGGAUGAUCAGGAUAGGUGUAGGGACCAGAAUCAGUACCUGAUGGAAGCGAAGCGGCUAAAGCAUAGCGCUGACAAGGAAUGCGAACUCACGGCGCAGGGUAUGCUUUACCUAGAAGCCGUUCUCUGUUUCCUGCUUACUGGAAACGCCAUGGAGGCGGAUCCUCUCACGGAAAGGGCAUCGUUCACCAUGUACAAGGAUACACUUAGUCUCAUCAAUUAUUUCCGAUUUCCACUUGCUCUACUUAGAUACAUCUCAUCUAAGUUCAAGAGCCAGCAGAGCAACUCGACAGAGAGCAAUAUACAUAGUAAGCUGGUCAUUCUAAGUCUCUUUUGCCAAUCCCUCAUAUAUUUGAAGCUGUACAGGAUGCGCAAAUACGAAAUCAAAGAGACCCAAAGAAUUCUCAACGAUUACUAUCAAAAGGCUGCUCAGGCAACACCGGUACAGGUAGAAGGGCAAGGGACGCCAUCUUUAUCCCCGACACCAUCACCAGCUGGUUCUGUGGGUUCUGUUGGUAGUCAGAGUUCCGGAUAUAGCAGCGGCGAACUAGCAAAUCGGGGAGCUGCUUCGGGUCAACCGCAGGCAGCUCCGUCGUACGUUAGUGUUCCAUAUAUUAUUUAUAACGCUAUGAAUAAGCAAAAUUACCAAUUUAACCUGCUACUGAACUGUCUCGAUCUGUGGGACCAGGCAAACGCUUUGGUGACAGAUAUGCAUAGAGAUUUCUUCAUCGAGCUGGAUGAAAAAUUGGGACCCCUCACAUUGAAAAGUUCACUGCGUGAUUUGGUGCGCUAUGUUCAAGCUGGCAUAAAGAAGCUUCGAGAUCUCUGACCACAGUGGCAUAGCCCCAGACCGCCCACCCCUAAUUAUAUUACUUCUCUCCCACAAAACAUGGCCACGUACCCAACGAUGUACACGUAAAGAUAUAUAAAACGAUCUUUAUGGACUUGGAAGACGUACGGAAGAUCGGCAAUUGUGCGAUUAUAGUAACGUAACGUGCGUUGAGAAAAUUGUCGAGCAAGAAAAAAGGCAAAACAGCGGGAGACGUCGAGUAUAUUCUCAAUGAUUAAAGACUAUUCUGGUGGGGAGCAAGAAUUGCAGGUGGUCUGGGGAGCAACGAAGAGACCGUUGUAUUCGAUAUAAUUAUAUUCGAAAGCUCUAAUCACUAUGUUUCUUCGUUCGGGGGUUCGUGAAUGGGCGCCCUGGCAUUUUUUAAAACUCCUAGCACCAAUUUUAUAGUCAAUUCAGAGUUAUUCGUCUAACAGUGAAGGAAGUUAAAAGAAGAAGGAUCAAUAUGAAUCCGUGAUCCCUUGUAUUCUGUGUAUAGCACGCGUUACUUAUUUUCGAGAUUUUCGAGAUGAGAAUGGACUGGCAAUGUAAAAUCGGAGGAGAAAGCGAUCGAAACGAAGCAAUAGAAGAAAUAUACGUUCGAAAAAAACGAAGGAAGAAACGAGGGCGAAAUACUGGUCCUUAUUUUUUUCGCCGUAAAUCAUUUUUGUAAGUUAACAGAUGAGGUCGACAAACAAAAGGGGAAAAAACGAAGGAAAGAAAUGACGGAGAAGGAAUAGGAAGUGCCACGAGAUGCGCCCGUGUGUUCUCGCUUUACCGUGCGCCGCAGCCGACGUUACCUGAAGCAUGAGUUUCGUCCUGGCGAUUCGAAUGCGACGAAUACACAAGGAUAUAUAUAUAUGCAUAUAGUUUAUUACCUAUAUAAAUAUAUAAAUAAUUAUAAAUAUAUAGAUACGAAUAUAUUUAAUGAAAAGAAAACCAUCGCGUCACGCACGCCGGUGUUCCGUUUUUAGUAAAUAAAAAGGAAACAAAAACAAAAGAAUAUGGCGAUCGUGAGAUUCGUUAGGUGAGAUAGAAGAAAAGAAAAGAAAAUGGAGGAGAGACAGAGACGGGACAAUUUAGUGUAAUGAUGCAUUUCUCUUCGGUGGAGAUGCACCGCGAGCAACAAGAUCAACAGAUUGAUCCAAAACCGAUACAACACUACUACUAUUAUGAUGUCUGACGUCUGUGAACGAAAGACACGACUCUUUUUUGUAGAUAGGUUGCGAAGGAGAAAAAGUAAUCUAGAUUAGAUAAUUAAUACGCAACAAGGAAAAACAAAGUUAAACGGUAACAGAAAAAAAAACAAAACAACCAAUACAUAUUAUUUACAUUACUUAGAAUUAACCGGGGAAUAAGUAGAGGUUCUAGCGAUGAGAUGAAAAAAAAAAAAGAAUAUUCAGAUAAUGAUAUACAGUACAUACACUACAUUAUAAAUAGUGCGAUUAUAAAGGAAGAAAAAAAAAUGAAAUGACAGAAACAAAGAAAGCGAGAACAGACACCAAACGAAAAAAUAGCGCGUAACUCUCAUUACACGAGAUGUAAGAAGAAGAAAACAACAAAAGAUAAAAAAUAUACCAAGCGUAAUGGAUAAGUAAGUUGCUCAUGUGUAUAUUUUUGUAAAUAGGUAUUUGCGAGUGCCGCCGCCUUGAGGGUGACCUGUCGACGUUUAAAUCGGACGCGACAGGCCGGCCCGCCCCAAUUUUUGCUACCACAAAUGUUAUCGAAAAUCAAGAAAUUUCUGGUAAAAAGAAAAGAUAAAAAUAUUAAAAUACACAUACACAAGAUAUUACAUGUCCACCGAAUUUGUCCAAAAAGAUUUUUCCGAAAUCCAAUUCUUCAGAAACCAUUGUAUUAUGUUAAAUUUUUUUUUGUACAUAUAUACAUUUUAUUAUCGUUCGUAUUAUUAUUACUAUUCUUUUAUUGUUGUAUCUUUUACGUUCGAUUCAAAUGACCACCCUUCAUCCGCCUCUCGCGAAUCGGUUAUCAUAUUUGUUCGAUACGCUUCCUUUUCUUUUCGUUGUUCCGUCACCGACAAAAUUAAACAAAAGAACGAAAAAAAAAAAAAGGAAAAAGGAGAAAAACCGUUAUGUCGCAAUAUACGCACGCAAUUUAGUGUUUUUCCUAUAUUUUCGCAGCUAUGAGAAUGUAGGCUGAAAAGUAUACGAGGAUCGAGUGUAAAAGGAAGAGAAAAGUGAAGAGAUAAAAGUUUUACCUUUCUCGAUAAAACGGCGAAUUCGAUUUGAUCAGACCAUUGUAACGAGACGAGAAAAGGAAAAAAAUAGAAAGUGGAAACGUGUUAGCAGUCAAUUGACUAGCGGGCGAGCGAGCAUUCAACUGGGAGUUAAUAAAUCGUUCUUCGGACCAGGAUCGCAACGAGCAAUUUAUCUCGACAAUUAGUUAAAACAUAUCGAAAUUGAAUCGAAUUAAAUUCCAAAACUCCCGCGAGCCUUUCCGUUAGAGUUUCUAAUAAUAAUACGGAACGUGAGAGAUGUUGGACCAAUCUGUAAUCCGUAGACACGUCUGAUCAUAAUGCGCCGUGUCGGUCAAUUAAUUGCUAACGCUUUCCUACGAGUAGGGUGCAAGUAAAAAGAAAAAAUAAAUGAACGGGCGAAUGAAAAGAAAGAAAAGAGAAACGAAAGAAGCAAACACGGCGGAAAAAAUGCUGGAACCGUGACAAAGGGAUCGAACACGAGUUGACGAGACUUAGGGGGGCCCAUAUAGAGUUACUAAGCGCGGUCCAAUGGUUCACGGGAUACAAUUUUAUACCUCGUGUGCGCGUGCACACGGACUGAAGGAUAAAAGAAACUAAAAAAAGAGGUCUAUUAAAAAAAAAAGUUUUGAUAUUUUCGAGACACAUAUUUAUAGUGGAUACGUAUAAUAUCAGGCCUUUCGCUCUCGUCAGCUCGUGCUGUGAAAAUGUAAAGAAAAAAAUACGCGAUACAAUGCACACGUAUAUUAUAUAUACAGAUGCGCAGGUGGAGAAUUUUGAACGAACUUUGCAACACAUACAAUUCGGCUGUUGCAAUGAAAUCGAACGUGUCCCCGCUUUUAUCGAGAAAUUAGUUGCAUGUGAGGAUGGAUGUUCUGCAGGGUGCAACGUCUGUCGAUCGGCAUAACGCGUCAUUAUUAAUUAAAAAUUCUUUUUUUUUUUUAAUCCUUUUUUAAACGAUUUUCUUUUAAAAUUUUCUUAAAACACUAAGUUUUAUUUCGUUGAUCUGUUUUCGUGGUUUUCUCUUCUCUUAUCGCAAUAUCACGUUUUUUUACGAUUAGUUUUCUUCUAUAUAAAUCUUUCAUAUUCUUUAAUUUAAGAUAUCUUUCUUUUUUGUUCUAUUAUCUUAUAUCGAGAUAUGUUUAACGGUCGUCACGCAGAGAAAUGUUCAUUUUGGACAAGUCCUACGUUCCUACCGACCUCCAAAGAUAAAAAGAAACCUAGCGAAUGGUGCUGCUGUUUUGAUAUCGCCACGCUUAGGUGUUCCUUUGAUGGGUGGCAGAGAUUAUGUAUCCGGAGUCUACGCGCGCUUCCGUGGUUCCGCUUUUUCUCCAUCCAUUCUCUUAUUUUAUUUCUUUUUUCUUCUUUUAGUUUCUUCUUUUUGAACCGAUCAAUAACGAUCGAUUUAUAUAUGGGGCUACGUGAACUUCUUCGCUACGGUUUAAUGAAAGUUUAUUGGUCGCCUAUAUAUAUUAUAUUAUAUUAUAUUAUAUUAUAUUAUAUUAUAUUAUAUAUUAUUAUAUAUUAUCAUUAUUAUCUAUAUCUUUAUUAUUAUAUUAUAUUAUAUUAUAUUAUAUUAUUAUUGAUUUAUAUUGGUACUAUUAUCGUUAUUAAUUUUUGAGGUAUUUAUAGGAAUGAAUGGGGUAUGAGAGUACGAGAGAAGGAGAGAAAGAGGUGCGUGUCUUGUGUGCGUGCGUGCGUGCGCGUACGAGAGAAGGUGAGUUUGGGGGAGAAGAGCGAAGAAAGAGAAAGAAAAGAGGAAACCGAUUGAAACAACGUAUGUCGCAAUGACAACUGUAUAUUAUACGUAUUACAGCAGCAGAAGCGAUUAUUCGAUAAUUGAAAGGAUGAUAUGUCGAGCGUAUAAUAAUAUACAUAUGUAUGAUAUACACAUAAUAAUGUCGAAAGUGUUUCAGUUAAUUAAAACUGUUUGAUUUCUGUCUUCUUUACCCGCUACGCCGUAAAACUGUAAUAUAUUUAUAUACAUGUAUACAUACGAAACAUACACACGGACAUGGUAACAUAACACAGAACAUACACGCACGCACACAAAUAUACAACAUUUACAUACUCGUACAGGAGAAAAUCCACUUACCACCAUAUAUGUAAACAUAGAGACAUGCAAUCAUAAUUAUAUUAUUAUAUUAAUAGUAAUAUACGAUCAUUAUUUUACUAUACUCUCGUAUACGGUCGUAUCGCGUGUAGUACCUAAUUCCGAUUCCGUAAACGCGUUGCUCCAAUUUCACGGGAGAACUCUCUGGUCCUCCAGAAACGUUCGUGGUUGAGAAAAUUCGCCCUCGACCUUGAAAUACCAGAGCGUAGAGGAAGAUGCGGCUGAACAAGAGAAAACGAGAGAACAUUUCAAAUUUCGUUCAGAUCCUCGUGUUUCGCCAGCCGUAUUCCUAUAUUUCUAUGGUAUACAUCGAUACGACAAGGAGGAUAGAGAGACGCGAUGAGGGCGGGAGAGUUCGCGUUCACGGUGACGAGCAGCCGAACACUACUAAGUAGCAACGAGCAAUGCACAAGCAAUUUAUUAAUUAGUUAACGUACAGCGUAGUACGAUCGACGCGUGACAGGAUGGACUCUUUACACGAUUCGAAGGGUAGUCUUCCAAAGUGAGCCGACGUCGCAAUAAUUCUUUCGAAAAAAAAAAAAAAAAAAAGAAAAAAGAAAGAAAGGAAGGAAGUAACCUCCACUAACGUUCGCCUCUACUUUUCGAACGACGCUCUAGUGACUCUAGCGAACUCUAGUCUGUCUCGUUCUCCGAAGUAGACUCUACCCUUCACUCGUGAGGGUCCCGCUCGGCUGCCAGAGAAAUUGAAAUCGCGCGUCGAUCGGUCACGUUUGAUAGAGAUCAUCUCAAAGAGACGGCCAGACAGACGAGCAAACAAGCAAGCAAGCAAGCAAACAGACAGAGAGAGAAACUCGUAGGAUCGAAAGGGAGAAGUGACGAAUGAGAGCGUGAAUGGUUACAGAAAAGAGAGGCCGUGAGAAAGAGAGAGUGUGUCUAUGAGAGUGUAUUAUGCGAGAAAGGGAUACAAAAAAGUGGAGAACGAAGCAAUAAAGAGAGAAAGAGUGAGUGAGAGAGAGAGAGAGACAUAGAGUGGCAACCGCACCAAGGAGAGACCAAAUUCGCUUAACGAAAGCUAAUUACUUGCUUUUUAUUUAUUUUAAUUAUUAAUAUCGAUUGAUUGACCGAUUAAUUAAUUAUUGUAUUUAUUGGCGCGGAAGGCUGAGAGACGGUGGGAUUCGCGGAAAGAGAGAGAGAGAAAGAGAGAAAGAGAGAGAGAGAGAGAGAGAGAAAUUCAGAAAAAGAUACGUUGAUCGAUCUAGCAUAAGUACUCGAUCCAAAACCACCCUCCCCAACCACGAAACACAAGAAUGGACUGAUCGACAGGCUUAAUACGAGCAAUGAAAGAAAAAAAAAAGAGCAUUAACCAUUGAAGAAUCCUUUAGUUGUUACUUAAGCUAACUUAACCACUUAACCUUUACCGCUUCGAUAGGAAUGGAAAUGAAUUUGAAGAACAGGAUCGAGGGGCAGAGAGACCGUGUUACGUGGGUGUGCGAAUGCGUCGAUCCGAUCGUUCGAUCUUUUGACCCGUACGGUUCGUGAACGUACGCAACAUCGUUUUUCCCAUUUCGACGAACGACGUUCACGAUUGUCAGGCGAUCUGUGGGGAACUGCCACGCACAAUUCCGCGAUCGACCACAUCUGAUUCUAGCUUUCUCGUUUCCCGAUCGUAACAUCGUCCUUGUUAACAUUUUGCAAAUAGCGAAAAUUAUACGUAGAACUGUUAUACACGAGACACAGUUUCGAAAUAUCAUCGUUGCAGCGACGCAAUUGCAACGAAGCUGUUCAAUCGCUUCGACCGCAAAGGUUCCAUCGACAGAAUCUUUCCGGGAACGAGAGAAAACGGCGGAGAAAAGGCGAUGUUAAGAAAGCAUCGGAGGAUAAGAAGCGGAGAACAAGUUUGCUAGUAAAUUUUGACAGAAUAAUUGUACAGGUCGUGGUGUUCGCAGUAUUCGGUCGAACUUCGGGCAACGAAGGCUGAGAUCCUAUGGUCGAUCGCGACUCGAGGGCAGAGGUCUUCUCUUUCUUUCCGCUUUGUUGGAUCUUGUUCGAACGAAAACGCGAAGAUCGCGAUUGCGAACCGAAAUAAUAUCGGUUCAUGUCGGACAGAUUCGCCUCGAGACCGAUCUGAUACGCGCUAACGAGCUACGGUUAGGGACGGGGGAGAAAGGAAGGGAACGAAAGGAAACGAGAAUGAAACAGAACGGGGAAGAAGAAAGACCGUGACAAUAUAUACAUAUAUACAUAUAUAUACAUAUAUAUAUCGAUAUAUUUGCGAGAUAUUUUGCGAGCAGGGCUUUUUUAUCUAUUUUAUAGUAAUCUCAGCUUAAGCGGAUUGAGAGGGAGGGAGAGAGUGAGAUUGUUUUGCUAAACGAGAGAAACAAAAGAAAACGCAAACACGGUGACUCAAAUGAGAGAAUAACGAAUGGAGAAAAAAAUAGGAAUGCAGAGACAAUGAGAGAAGGAAGAGUAUAAUUGCAACAAAAUGGAUAGGAGAGGAGGGGAGAGAGAUAUAAUGCGCAGCUGACAAACGGUUUGUAAAUUGCGUACAUAAAA